AUGUACAACUUCUUCAGGAUGCCAUCUGCACCGGAACCAUCGGGGAAGGAAAAGGAGGGCAAAGAUAAGGCAAAGACACUGACGCCUCCUGCAGAGGUCAAGACACCUGACAGGCCUCCUGGAUAUAUCGAAAUGAAGCCAUUCCAGAGACUGCCUAAGGAAAUUCUUCACAACCACUGUCAGAAACACAAGAUGCCGAAGCCGCAGUACGAACAGCGCCGGGCUCCAAAAGGUUUUUUUAAGACCGAGUGUAUCCUUAGCAACCCUAAAGACAGCUCAAAAACCAUGAGAUUUCUGACGAAUGAGGAGUUUCCUUUCAAGAGUCACAGUGAGAACUUCAGCGCCUUGCUGGCUCUUUUUCAUUUGGAACCCUCGAGACCUUACGAGAAGCUCUUCCCCUCCCCUUUCAGAGAGGCCUGGUUGUCUCUCUCAGGGGAGUUGCCCCAGCAGCAGCAACAGGAACCAGCAGUAGCAACAGUAGGGGGGUCCAAGAAACCAAGCGCAAAAGCCAGGCAGGCAAAAGGAACAGCUAAUGCGCAGCCUGUCGCAAAAAUAACAGCAGCAAGAGCAAUCGGGGCAGCUGCUGAAGCUACAGCUGAGAGUGGCAACAACAAUGGAGCAGCGACAGGAGCAGCACAGGCAACAGCAGCAGACGGACUUGCGGGUGGACCGGAAGCGGGGUCUCCGGUGGCUUCCGUGCAGAAUGAAGGAGGCGCAACCAGGGGUCCCCGUAGCGGGCCUGAAGGACCUGUUACUGCCAGUGAAGCAUCGCCUGUUGGAGGGAGCGUGGGCACCACGGGGGCCCUCAACUGUAUCCAGAUAACUAGCGCUCACCGGUACGCGUCUGAGUUUGAGCGGCAGCAAGCUGCUGAGACGAAGAGACUUGAAAGGGUAAAGCGGGAAAAAGAGAAGGAAAUGCAAAGGCUGGAGGAAGAGGCUCAAAUGCCCACUGUUUUCAUGGCUGAACUUGUCCGCAGAAAAACUGCGCAAAUUCUCCGAGAGUUGUUGCCGCACGUCGCUGCAACGCGUUGUGAACCCGCCGCUGUUGCUUCAGCAGCCGCAGCAGUGGCUGCUGCUGUUUCAGCUUCUGCUUCGUCGAAAUCAGGAGCUGUUUCUGCAAGAAAAGCGAACGAGGAUAGCUUCCUCCUCCCGCUUCAGUGGACGGACACAAAGUGGACCGCCGCUGUCACCUGGGCGCUAAGGAGACAACUGAACCCUCAGAGGGCUUUGGGGAGCCUCAGGACGAAGCUUUUAAAAGAGCUCACUGAGCACCUGCAGUUUGAGAAGAAUUCUGCUGUAAUUGCAGUUGAAGCUGCUUUGGCGGUCUUGUUAAGUGGCCCGCCUCAACAACCUCAGCAGCAACAGGAGCAAACGGAAUCAAGUGCUAUGCAGCAGCUGCUUGAGAGUUGCGAAGACUUCAUUGCGCUCAACACGACUGAUGAGUCAUUGCUGCCUCCGCAUUUCUCCCCCGCUGGAAAGCAAAUCGAAAUCCGCUGCCAGACGGCCAGUUCUCAAGGACAAGAGAAGGACCAACAAGAACAGCAGCAGAAACAGCAGCUAGAUGACAAAAAAGAGAAAGCAGCGAUGCAAGCAGCGAAAGAAAGAUUAGCGGCCGCUCUCAAGAAGUAUACGGAAGCAGACUCCGAGGAACCCUUACGAGGCACACUGUCCCACCUAGAGGGGGCAUUGAACUCUCUUUGUUGCAGCACUGGGCUGCAUGCUAUUGCUGCUGGGGUGUUAGAGGGGCAAUUGAAACAACAGCAACAGCAGCAGAAACAGCAGGGGCCUCAGCAGGCAGCGGCAGGGCCGGCGGCAGUGCUGUCCGAUGCAUUUGCUGCCGUUGCAGCAGCUGCAGCAGCUGUUGUGGGCUCAUCAGAAGAGAGCAAUAGGAGAGAGCUGCUUCAGCGCUUGGGAGCCUCCCAACUUCUAGCCGAUGUCGCAGUGCUGCCAAUAACAGAUGCCGUAAGUUUUAUGCUAAGACCAUAA